CUCAGUAGUCUUCAUCACAGACCCUCGUCUUCGUCACAGACCCACGUCUUCAUCACAGACCCUCGUCUUCAUCACAGACCCUCAGUAGUCUUCAUCACAGACCCUCGUCUUCGUCACAGACCCACGUCUUCAUCACAGACCCUCGUCUUCAUCACAGACCCUCAGUAGUCUUCAUCACAGACCCUCGUCUUCGUCACAGACCCUCGUCUUCAUCACAGACCCUCGUCUUCAUCACAGACCCUCAGUAGUCUUCAUCACAGACCCUCGUCUUCGUCACAGACCCACGUCUUCAUCACAGACCCUCGUCUUCAUCACAGACCCUCAGUAGUCUUCAUCACAGACCCUCGUCUUCGUCACAGACCCUCGUCUUCGUCACAGACCCUUGUCUUCAUCACAGACCCUCGUCUUCGUCACAGACCCUCAGUAGUUUUCAUCACAGACCCUCGUCUUCGUCACAGACCCUCGUCUUCGUCACAGACCCUCAGAGACAAAGACACUCAGUGCAUCCUAGCCCCUCCCCCCAGUGACCCCAGUCCUCGGCCACAGAGUCCCAGUGUUCAGUUUGUGUGUGGUGGGACAGAGGGGUCUCAGUCUGACUCAGAGAUGGCUGCUUCGUCGCCUCCAACCUUCAUCAUCUUCAUGGCGGUGCUCUUCGUCCUGUCAGGUGGUCCACUGUUGCCCACCUCUUGUUUUAAAGUGAGGGAGGGGGGCGUGGCCUCUCUGUCCUGUCAGUACUCCGUGAAGCGRUUCGGUCUCAGUCGGGUCUGUUGGGGCCGUGGUUGUGGGACCUUCUGGUGCAGCAACAUCUUGGUGCAGAUGGAUGAGAAUGGUGUUGUCACUAAGGUGGAUGACCGGUACCGGCUGACGGGGGACAUCCUGGACGGACAGAUGGACCUGGACAUCUUGAACGUGAGGCGGACGGACAGCGGGCCAUACUGCUGCAGGGUGGACAUCGAUGGGAUCUUCAACGACAAGAAGAUGAUCAUGAACCUGAGAGUGGUCAGAGCUCCAUCCAACAGUCUGCAUCGUACAACUCUGCCCCCAACCAUCAGCUCUGUCAGGACCACUGACCGGACCACUGACCGGACCCCUGACCGGACCACUGACUGGACCACAGCAG